AUGAGCGAUGCCAGAGCUGCACCUUACCGCUUCUGUGGCUCGAAGUUGGUGCCGUGGAGUGCCCUCGAUGUGAGGGUGACUAGCCGCCUUGUCAUUCUGGUGAUGUGUGGCUCCUUCAACCCCAUUCAUCGGGCACACAUUGCCAUGUUCGAUGCAGCCCGCGAGGCCUUGAUGCCUCCCAAAGAGGCCACCGACGUUUCUCCCACCGUCGUCGUUGCGGGCGGCUUCAUCUCGCCGGCGAACGACGACUACGGAAAGGGAAACCUUCGUCCUUUUGCGCAGCGUGCAGCGAUAUGCAGGGCGGCGCUGGCCGAUCAUACUUCCCUGGCUCUUGACGAGUGGGAGGGGUUGCAGCCCACGUACGUUCGAACGUUUUACGUCUUGGAGCACCUUCAGAAGGCUGCGCAGCGGUGGUACGAAACCGACGCGGCGCCCAAUAAAGCACAGUUGGAAUGGGUGCGGCAACAUCCCCUGCAAGUGGUGUUUCUUUGCGGGAGUGAUUUGUUUGCGACCUUUUUUCAGCCGGGCUGCUGGGCAUUGGGGUUGCUUAGGCGGCUGCUGGAAUCUUUUGGGGUGGUGGUCACGCGACGUGCGGGGUCCGCCGCGGGCUGCGCGGAGAUGCUGCGUCGGCACGGUUCGCUGCUGCAGGGGCGCGUUGAGGACACCGAAGGCGGCCGUGGCACGACACCCAUGACGCUCGAUCUCUCCAAGUACCGCUUCACGGAGGUGGAAAUAUUCACGAACAAUAUUUCUUCCUCCGCCAUCCGCGAGGCACUGGCGGCAGAUCCCAGCGCUGAGCUAAGCAGCCUUGUCCCCGCUGGGGCGGAGUCACUCAUUCGUGCCUUCUACACAAAAGAUGCACAACUUUCUUGA